CGUUGUUCUGCGGUGAAUCAAGGGUUACAUUGUAUCAAGCCCGUUGUCGCUCGCUUCCUUGGAACUUACGCCAGCCAGUGCAUCGUUGUCAUUGAAGUAUCGGAGGGCUGCUUCAGGUCGAAACACGGGUCCGGAUAUUGCUGAGUGAAAUCUUCAGACUCGUUUCCGCCUUGCAAGAAGCUCGUCAAACCCUCACCGACCUUCUUUAUUGUCGUCUGUCUGCAGGUUAUACCUGGAGUUCCUCUUUCUUGGACAUAGACUCCAGCUACAUGGAGGACUGCGCCGAGGACUCCUUCGACUCGAUAGAGGGCUGUGAGCUAGGCUCGAUGGCAAGGAGGCGGAAAAAACGGAAGAGACGUUCUACUUCUGGAUUACAGAGGCUCAUCAGAAAGGCUUGGCGCAGGAUGAAAGCGGACGGCCAGGAAUCGAGCUCUGAGGAAUCAUCCGGCAACGAGGAUAUCCCCCUACACUCAGAGUACGAGGAGGAACAGACUCCCAGGUACCGGCCCGACUCCUUGGCCAGUCUCUGUCGGGCGACACGGUUCACGGAAGCUGAGCUGAAGCGCAUAUAUCGGGGCUUCAAGGCUGAGUGUCCCACGGGUGUCGUCCGGGAGGAGACCUUCAAGUGCAUAUACUCCCAGUUCUUCCCGCAGGGCGCCAACACGAGCCAAUAUGCCCACUACGUAUUCAAUACCCUGGACCAGGAUCACAGCGGUCUACUCAGUUUCGAGGACUUUGUCACCGGUCUGAGCAUACUGUCGAGGGGUUCGAUGGACGAAAAACUUCGCUGGACGUUCUCGCUCUACGACAUAAACGGUGACGGCUGCAUAACGCGGGACGAGAUGACUGACAUCGUCACAGCAGUUUACGAUCUGAUGGGAAAAUUCGCCGACCCGAACCUGGAUCACGAGGGAAUACGAGACAAGGUUGACCGGAUGUUCCAGAAAAUGGACGGCAACAGGGACGGAGUGGUGACGCUUAACGAGUUCCUGGACGCGUGUCGCGAGGACCCGGACAUUUCGGCGAGCAUGGCAGCCCUGGACACGGCCUUCUGACACUCGGUGCGGCCCCGCUACGCGCCCUGGACUUGAACGUCGCUCCGUCAACGAGAAUCGUGGAAUCGAGCCCGACGAUUGCGCCUCGCCGAGGCGGUCGAGGAGCCGGACAAGCCCGUGGCGGAAGUGACCCAUUACCGGAAGUCCUCGGGCCCUCGGGUUCGAGCUGUGGAAGGGUGCAGCGACCGCGAGGCGACGGGGGAAGACGGUGUGAUUUUCCGUUCUCCGAUUUAAAAUCAUUCGAGCCUGGCCGCAAAUUCCUUCGAAAGUGAAAAAUGCUGUUCGAGAAAGGUUGAUUCCGAAGCUAAUUGAUGUGAGU